CUCCAAGGAAACUCCCAUCAAUGUUGUAAUGUGAAUAAUUAUCUUUCAUGCCUGAAUUUAUUAGUUCAGCAGCAGCAUGACGAAUCCUUAUUCUCUGUAUCUCACUGUGACAGAUUGCCUUUCCAGAGACAAUGGCUGCUCUCUGAAGACUGCUGUCUUCAAAUAAUAGCCCCAGAAACUUACAGAAAGACAGUGAUUGCUUUGCACACGUCCAGUCCUAAGUGAGUCAUAUACAAGUCAGUUUCAGUUUAGCAGACACAAGAAGUAAGUGUUUACUAGAGCACUGGCAGUGUAACUUCACUCCAUGCUGGCAGCCCAGCCCUAGACAAAAUGUCUUUUUGUGAGUACACCACACAGAAGGAUCUUCGCAUAAGAAGCCGUCUACUUGGCACCUAUAAAUCGGUCAUCUUUGCAGCCGUUUUACUUUAUAUGUGUGUUAUACUGCUUACUGAAAAGCGCUAUCAGAAAAAAGAUUCUGUUAUCAGUUCUGUACAUACAAAGGUGAAAGGAGUUUCGGAUGCUGAUUCAAGAAUAUGGGACACAGCUGAAUAUACAAUUCCUUCCCCAGGUGGAUCUUCAUUCUUUGUUCUAACAAACACAAUAAAAACAGAAAAUCAAAAAGAAGGCAAUUGCCCAGAGUUUCCAAGCCCCAAAACAAUUUGUUCUCAAGAUGAUAGCUGCAAAAAAGGUCAUGCUGACCCACAGAGUAAUGGCAUUCAAACUGGAAGAUGUAUACAGUAUAACUCCACUUUUAAAACUUGUGAAGUGAGGGCAUGGUGUCCUGUGGAGUCCAAAAGUAAUCCAGAACCGGCCAUUUUGGGAAGUGCUGAAAACUUCACAGUUUUGAUAAAGAACAAUAUUCACUUUGCAGCCUUUAAUUAUACCACGAAAAACAUCCUUCCAGAAUACAAUGUCACCUGCGUUUAUCACAAAGUGACUGCUCCUCAGUGUCCCAUAUUUCGAUUAGGGGACAUCCUAAAAGAAGCAGGAGAGAAUUUUUCCCAAGUUGCUAUUCUGGGUGGGAUUAUGGGCAUAGAAAUCAACUGGCACUGUAAUCUUGAUCGGUGGUUUCACAGCUGUCGUCCAAAAUACAGUUUCCGACGGUUGGAUGAUAAGGUUGUUGAUGAACGCUUGUAUCCUGGUUUAAAUUUUAGAUUUGCCAGGUACUACAAGAAUCAGGACCAAAGUGACAUAAGGACUCUUAUAAAGGCUUAUGGGAUAAGAUUUGACAUUCAAGUCUAUGGCACAGGGGGACAGUUCAGUUGGUUUGAAUUGGUAUUAUUCAUUGGUUCCUAUCUUUCUUACUUUGGAUUGGCAACAAUAGUGAUUGAUUGUAUGAUCAGCCUGUACUGGAAAGGCUGCUGCAGCACUACAUCGGGUCAGAGAUACUAUGAUGAACAGAAAUACGAGGAGAUCCCCGGGCCCUGUAUUCUGACGUCAUGCCAGGAACUCAAGUUUGUGUCCUUUGUGGAUCAAGAGGACAUAAUAAUGGUGGAUAAAAGGUUAAAGAGAAGUUUACAAAAGACAAUAGGUAAAAGGAUUAAGAAAGGAAAAAUGUCUGCUAAUACAGUCCUUGCACAGCUUGAACUGUCUUUCUUCGAAGGACUGGAAGACCUUCCUCUUCACAUAAGAAGUGCUAAAAAAUCCUCAGCAAUUCCUUCUUGGUGUCAAUGUUUGAAAUGUCUCCCAGCGACUGCGUAUGAGGAUCAGCUGUGCUGCCGAUAUCAGAAUGGGGAAUGCAUUACAAACUCAGAAAUGUUUAGGAAGCUGGUCCUGCAGAGGCGGGCUCUGGAGCGCAUUCUUCAGUACAAAAAUCCUCUACUAAACAAGAAUUCCAUAGCCAAAAAACAGCUAGCAGAGUGUGCUCGAAAUCAGUACGUACAAUGGCGUUUUGGGAGCAAUAAGGAUACAGUAGACUUUGCAAAGAUACCAAGCUGUUGUAGACAUGAAAUAGAACAUUUAUUUAAUGAUGAUACUUGUGAAACCUCCAUGCAGUCCGCAUCAGGUCCCUCUUGCAAACCUCUGCUAUCUUAGUAACAGCCAUCCGAUCCGUCUGUGUUGGCCUGUCUAUUUUUAUAGAUCAUUCCAUUCAAAACAAAUAUUUGCAUUUGGAAUAGAUAAUGAUCGGGAGAAUCAAUCACUGGCCUUCUAUACCUCUCAGUGACUCCAGCAAGGAAAUUGGCCAUCAACAUAAAAAUUAUAAUUCUUCUGUUCCGCAGUAGCAGUCUCGAUUUUCCUGGGUUCAUGCACACACACAGCAUUUUUAACGCUGGUUUUAGGGGCAUCUGGUGUUUUUUUUUAUUCUGCCUCUAAACACCCCUGCAUGUUAGCCUACACAGUAUCUCACAAAAGUGAGUAC